UCGAAACCGACUCUCUGGAUUCUGGCAGGCCUAGUGAUUGAAGGGAAGGAGAUUGGAUACGAUCGAAGCUAGUCCUCCUCCAAGUCUGGCAUCGCAAGGACCGGGCAGAUUUUCUGUCGUCACGACACGCCGAUUUAAACCGACUUUGGGCUACGCACCGAGCUCUGUAACGCAGUUUGACAGCCAUAGCGUCUCCGCAGCUACAGAGAUUGUGCGGCUGGGAAUACUUUUGUUCUGAGCCCCGCUGAACAUUGAUUUGUCUGUUGAGGACAUCCAGUUGUUCGUUUGGAGUUUUUGCGCCACCGCUGAGAGUAGAUUCAUCGACGCAAGGUUUUGAAGAGACAAGCUCUCGUCGCCGCCGACGAUAGUCUCCGCCUGCUGAAAUUGUCGGAACCGUCCCGAAUAUAUUAUACUUCCACCUACAAAGCUCUCAAUCAUGGAUUACGAAGCGAUGGCCAUGGACGGCGAGGAUGCCGGUCCUGGCGUUACCGUUCGAGAGGCUGAACCCCAUCUCGUCGACUUUAUCCUAUCGAAUGUUGAUCUGGCAUUCGCCAACUCUCUGCGGCGAGUAAUGCUCGCCGAAGUGCCCACCAUGGCAAUCGAUCUCGUCGAAGUAGAAGCCAACACGUCCGUACUGCCAGACGAAUUCAUCUCGCACCGGCUUGGUCUUGUCCCUUUAAACUCCAAGAAUGUCGACGACGUCCUAUACACACGAGACUGCGACUGCGAGCAAUACUGCGAGAACUGCAGCGUGACGCUGACCCUUCACGCGCGGUGCACGGGCGACGAAAUCAUGAAAAUCUACGCGCGGGAUCUCGUUGUCGCGGAGCCGCGGCCCAACGAAUGGGUCGGCAUGCCCGUCAUCACAGACCCCGAGGGGCAGGGGACAGUCAUUGCCAAGCUGCGCAAGGGCCAGGAACUCCGCAUGAAGUGUAUUGCCAAAAAGGGCAUUGCCAAAGAACACUCCAAAUGGGCACCUACUGCCGCCAUCAGUUUCGAGUACGAUCCGCACAACAAGCUACGCCAUCUCGACUACUGGUACGAAGAGGAUCCCGAGAAAGAAUGGCCUAAAUCCAAAAACGCCGAAUGGGAAGACCCCCCCGCCGAAGGCGAGCCGUUCGACUACGACGCCGUCCCCUCGCGCUUCUACUUUGAAGUCGAGUCCGUCGGCUCUCUCGAACCAGACGCGAUUAUCCAGCAAGGCGUCAAAGUGCUCCAGCAGAAACUCGCCGCUGUCAUUCAAGAACUCACCGGCGGCGACGCAGGUCCCGACGGCGGUGCGGUCGUCGACGGCCUCGACGGUUUCGGCGCUGGGCCUGCGGGCGGACCCAGAAGCCCCGGCGGCGCGCUCGGCGGCGGGCCCAUGGAUUACGGAUACACGACCCCCUAUGCGGGCGGAGGCGCCGCUGCCGCCGCGGGUGCAGGAAGCGUCUGGGGAGGCGCAGGCAUGGGCGGCGCCACGCCGUUUGGAGCCACGCCGUAUGGCGGCGGCGCAAAUGGUUGGGCUUGAUCAUAGCCUGAAUCGAGAUUCAUUCCAGCUUUGAGUCAAGAUUCAUUCUAGCUUGGAUUUGAGAGUAUGCGCCUUGCCGUGUUGUUGAUUCGUAUGGCAGCAGGGAGUGCAGGAACCGAAAAACCAUUCAUUGCAUCCUCAUCAUCAUCUUACAUUACUCUUUUUUACUUUACCAUGUCUUAUCUUUUUUUCCUCUUUCGCAUCUUCUCCAUUUUGUUUCCUUUUUCACAUCUUAUCCUUUUUUUCUUCUUUCACAUCUUAUCUUUUUUUUACGUUACCUCGUCUUAUCCUUUUCCCCCUCUUCUCCUCUUCCACCUUCCAAGCCUCUUCUUUUUCCCGGGCUUUCCCAUUUUCCUACAGUCCUACUCCUUUCCCUUCCGGCC